AAGAACCUGCCUAGCGACACACACUCUCGUAGUCGGGUCGCGAAGUAUCACGAGACAAAACGUAUUUGCAGCUAUCCAAGCAUUCCAGGUCCCGAAACAAUAAUAUGCUUUGGCAGAGAUAAAUAUAAAAAGACACAUCAAGUGUAAAGAAAGAAAAAUACAAGUGACAGAAAAGUGGUAUGCAGUAACAGUGGAUUGUUUUCAGUGAUUAUAUCUGUGUAGUGCAACAGCUCUCAUUCCAACAGAACUUUUCAUCAUGGUGGGCCCCGUUGAUACAGGUGAACUCGUUCGAUCUUUAGUGCGAAUACCAGGGAGUGGCCACGAUAGAUCAGCUGGAUCGACCUGCCUUGACCUUGCCAGGGUCUCCACUCUGGCUGCAUCCGUUCCUGUUCCCCAGACGCUACCACCAGCACUCAUGCCCCACAAGCAACCGCCGCCCCAGUAUGCUGUGGAUCAAACGAAGUUAGGGAGUAACACUGGGGCAGCAAUAGGGGCUCUACUUCCGAACAGAGGUCGUAAGCGGUCGUGUGCAGAGGAGGCUUCGACUGCAUCCGCACGCAGCAGUGCAGCAUCGUCCCAAUCUUCCGGCCAGAGUCCACCUGUGAAAAGAACCCGCAUCGUGUAUAUGACAGCGGAACAGUUGGCAAGAUGCCCUAAUGUUUCGACUAUCAAUACCCCAUCGGGACCCAUAUUCUGCAUGUCUUUGCGGUCUACCAGUUCUACUACCCCCGCUCCUGCCAUCUCGCAAGACAACCUGUCACAGCUUCUGAAUGAGAGAAAUAACUUGAGGCAACAGAACGUGCAGUUACAGCAGCGACUUGCACUCUACCUGCACAUCUUCAGAAACAGGAAUAGGUUGACCUCAGUGGCCGAAGGGCUGGGUGUGAAGAUACCUUAGAAUUUUGUUCCUGUGACUUGUCUUUCCUCCUUCAUGGGUUAUUCCUGUGACGGGGGUCUCACCUUUCACCUCCAUGGGUUGUUCCUAUGUUGGUGUUCUCCCUCUCUCCACAUUCAUGGGUUAUUCCUGUGAUAAGGACUCAAUUUCCACCUCCAUGGGUUAUUCCUAUGUUGGUGUUUUCUCUCUCCACCUCCAUGGGUUAUUCCUAUGUUGGUGUUUUCUCUCUCCACCUCCAUGGGUUAUUCCUAUGUUGGUGUUUUCUCUCUCCACCUCCAUGGGUUAUUCCUAUGUUGGUGUUUUCUCUCUCCACCUCCAUGGGUUAUUCCUAUGUUGGUGUUCUCCCUCUCCACCUCCAUGGGUUAUCCUAGUU